UCUGAAAACUCGUUUGCCGAUGGUGGGCAGAUUAGGUAAUUUUCCUAAUACAGCAAGUUAUCCCUUGAAAGGAGGAAAUGAUUUUGCCAGAAGAUUUGAGUUGAUUAAUACAAGAACUUUGAGUCUUCUUUCCGAAAGAAAAGUGUUCAUUAAAAAAUUCUCUUAACAUCAGACAAGUUCCUUUAAAAGACCUUUUCUAGUAGAUCUGCUUCUUGUGAAGAGAUCCAUCAUGACGACAUCAGCUAUUAGACGACAGAUGAAAAACAUAGUAAACAACUAUUCUGAAGCUGAAAUUAAAGUGCGUGAAGCAACCUCCAAUGACCCCUGGGGACCUUCAAGUUCCUUGAUGACUGAAAUAGCAGACCUAACCUACAAUGUUGUGGCAUUCUCAGAAAUAAUGAGCAUGAUCUGGAAACGUCUCAAUGAUCAUGGCAAGAAUUGGAGACAUGUCUACAAGGCUCUGACAUUGUUAGACUAUAUGAUAAAAACUGGGUCUGAAAGAGUUGCACAGCAGUGCAAAGAGAACAUAUUUGCCAUUCAGACCCUAAAAGACUUCCAGUAUAUUGAUCGUGAUGGCAAAGACCAAGGCAUAAAUGUGCGAGAGAAGUCAAAGCAGCUUGUGGCUUUGCUGAAGGACGAUGAGCGUCUCAAAUCUGAAAGAUCCCAAGCUCUUAAGACAAAGGAACGUAUGGCUCAGGUAGCCACAGGAGUAGGAAGCAGUAACCAGAUUACUUUUGGUCGUGGGUCUAGCCAGCCUAACCUCUCUACAAGCUAUUCAGAACACGAGUAUGGAAAAUCAGGAGGAUCACCUGCUUCAUACCAUGGUUCAACCUCUCCACAAGCUUCUUCGGAGCUGGAGCAGGCAAGACCCCAGACAAGUGGAGAGGAAGAGCUACAGCUGCAGUUAGCUUUAGCCAUGAGCAGGGAAGCAGCAGAACAGGAGGACCGCAUUCGCCGUGGUGAUGAUCUUCGACUUCAGAUGGCUUUAGAGGAAAGUCGCAAAAAUACAUCUCUAUCCGGAGGAGACACAGCUCGAAAGAAGAAAAAGACACCAUUGCUUAAUCUUAUGGAUGCUGUGCCUACUGCACCACGACAAAAAACAGAACCCUGGGGAGUAACUGUCCCCGCAGAACAAAAUGACCCAUGGGGAGGAACCAGCAGUCCAAUAGCACCUGACCCAUGGCAAUCACUUGGUACCAAUCAAGCCACUGCCAUCGAUCCUUGGGGUACUUCUGCUUCCUUGGCCACCCAGUCACUUCCUACAAAUAUCGAUCCAUGGACUUCCUCACAGGUCUCAUCUGUUGCUGUGAAACCUUCAGCUGACCCAUGGGGAACAUCUCCAUUAGCUUCUGUGAACACUGGAAGUACAAAUUUUGAUCUCUUCACCACAUUGAAUGGGGCAGCCAAGGAUGACUUUGCUGAUUUUGAGGGCCUUCGAGCAUCUGCAAAAAAGGCAACUGAUGGGGCUGAUAUGCUGGGAGCAAGUUCUAAGACCAGUGGUUCAGUUAGUCCAGAUUUAUUUGAUGCUCAGCCCACAACUCGGAAAAUACCAGAGUCCUUCCUGGGCCCCAAUGCAGCCCUGGUGAAUUUGAAUUCACUGGUUUCCACGCCUUCACAACUUUCCAGUGUAUCUAAUCCUUUUUUAGCUCCAGGUCCAACCCCUGUCCAGGUCACUCAAAUUAAUCCCUUCCAAGUUAACCAGCCACAGCCUCCUACCCUGAAUCAAAUGCGGGGAAGCCCCUUAAUGGCUUCUGGGCAGCCUGCGUUUGGCAGCAUGUCUACAGUCAACCUGGACCCAAUGCCACGCACCUCCUUGUCGGCACCAAUGGCAAUGGGCAUGGUUUCUGUUCCAGUUAUGGGUAGGAUUGGUACAGGAAUGAACACUGUGGGAACAAUGCCCCAACAACUUAUAUCAACAGGCAUCCUUCCACCUACAAACCAGACCUCUAGUACGACUAAUCCUUUCCUUUUAUAAAAAGACUAGAGGAUAUGUCUUCAAUAUAAAGAGAAAACCUAGAUAGGAGUAUAGCUAAGCAUUUUAGACUACAUUUAUGGGUGUGGUGAGAAACUCUUCAAAGUAGGUUUGGAUUUUACUGUACUGUUUUUUAUGAAGUACGUAUUGAUGGUGGUUAAUUUUCACUGUUUUCUAAAGAAGCUAUUUGCUGCCAAUGGAGGUAUCGUACAGUGACUGGACAUUUAGUUGAACAGUAGUAACGUGAAUCUAAUAUUUACGCCUAUUGUAUCCUCCAAUCCUUAAGUGCAUAUUACAGUUUGUCCAAAGGUAACAUAGUGUUGUGUGGUAUAUUCACUGUUUACUCUGUUUUUGCAUACUUUGCAGAUAAUUGAUAUUUGACCUGCUUCUUCAAAGAAAGUAAAUUAUGAAAGCCUUAGUGACUGUUUUGGGAAUUGGAAGUUUACUUUUGGUCAAUGAUAAGCGGUUUUGAAUAAGGAUAAUUAUAGCAUAACUAUACUACGCACCCUAGGCUCAAAGCUGAUGAAUUAAAAAUAAUUUUGUAAACCUGUGAGGAUAGCUACAUUUUUAAUGUGCUGUGUUCUAAAUAUGCUAUUGCACAAAAUGUUUAAGCAUAAGACUGUUGCAUGCACCUUUUAUCACUGCUUGAAAUCAUGCUCUGGGCACUGGAUACCAGUUAAUCAGAUGGUAUCAGUUAUAUUUUAUUAAACAUAACACUGAUAGGAUUGAAAUCCAUUGUAAAGUGAUUUGAUCAUUAAAGUAUUGCCUCAGAUGAUGAAUAAACAUCUAGCAAAAGUUAGAAUAAAUAUUGUGAAGAACAAUUUUUUAAGUGGGUGGAAAGUUGCAUGGAUCAGUCUAUUUCCAUAAUUGAAAUUUUAGGACUUGCUAAUAAUGGGAAUUGCUAUUCUUCUCUAGAAUAUUUAAUAACACUUGUCCAGGUGUAAGGUUGUAUUGUUCACCUUUGUUAAUACAACAAAAUAGAUGCAUGGUGAUAAAAUAAACAUUUAGUAUAGAGUUUACAUCAAUGUAACUUCAGAAUUUAGAAGCUUUUCAUUUCAUUUAUUUUUGUAAGUACAGCAAACAUUAAGCAAUUUCAAUUUGAACAUUGGCAGAUGUAGUUAAUCCUGGAAACUUUGCACAGCUUCCUUUCUUCAAGGUGGUCUCAUGUUAAGGUUAAAUAGAAGAAUAUUACAAGUUUGUCAUUUGAAACCAUAUUGCAGUUUACAAGUUUGAUAAUGUUUUUAAGGUUUUAUUUAGAAUGUUAGAAUUUUGCAAACUUUCUUUUUAAAAAAUCUGCUUUAAAAUGUUGCAUUGACAGGUGCCAUGAAAUAUAUGGCCCGAGAUUGUAUGUUUUCAUUGUUAUUGCAAGAAAGAUUAAGAUCUUUGUUUUAGAAAGAGAAAAGGGAAUCCAAUGAAUGUAAGUGUAUUUGCAUAUUAUGUUCAGUAUGUCAUGUGGGUUCAAAGCUAAGUGCAUAGCAGUUUAUGAACAGUUAUAAUCAAUUGCAAGCUGAUUUCUGUUGGAUGAAAGACUGGCUAGCAGAUGGCUUAAUAGUAAAUUACUAUGCACAAAUGUUAAUAAGCAGUUAGUUCCUUUCAUUUCAGCAAUUUAAAUGCAUAGACAACACCCAACUCACGUAUUGCUUUUAUCAUUGUGUGCACACUUCACAAAUAAAGGCAAAAUAUUUGUUUUAACUUUAAAUUUCAUGGCUGAGCAAAUUUAGAAUUUCACUUCUCUUUAAAGUGCAAAAAUGGCAAAAUUAACGUUCUGCAUUUUUCUUUGCAGCUGGUGCUGGUGCACUUUGUAAUUUGACUAGCAAAUAGCUCUUGGAGAAUAGCAUCCUACACCCACUUAAAGGGAGAAGUAGAAACUUUAGUUUUGCUCAUUAGUUAUUUUAUUCUAAAGAAAAUAAUUUGAUGUCCAUAACUUACUCAUAUUGGUUAACCAUUAUGAGCAAGUCCAUAUUUUUCUGCUAGCAUACAAGUUUUAACCUGCACAGAUAGAUCUCUAUUAACAGAUUUUAAUGACAUUGGUUUGUGUCACGUGUUAUCCACAUCUAAGUGAAAUGAUGAGCUCCAGUAGUUCUUCUGCUUAAAGAUAGCAAGGUAUGAAAAAUAUAAGAAUUAGUUUAUCAAACUAAUUUGUCUAGUGAUGACAUACACUGGCUACAUUAGUGUGCACCUUAUACAAAAAUAUUUUUGGCAUUACUACAGAUAGUAUGGCACAUUUUAUAACAGAAUAUUUUCAGAUUUGUGAAGUUAUUUUGACACUUUAGCUUGCAUUUUUUUAUGCAGGUUAUCUACAUGCCAAAUAUGUAGAUGACCCAAAACAAAAUUUCUGUUAAGUUGUUCAUUCAAAAAGCUAUCCCUGUUGAGUCACAACACAUAAUAUAUUUAUAUUUGAGUAAUUCCAGAUAUUUUGAAUUUAUUUCAAGAUUUUGGAAGGGUGCAUGUGAGUGUGUGAGAGUAUGCAUGCUAAGAAUGUAGCCACUACUUGUAGCCUUGCAUUUAGUCACUAAAUUUUAUACAAAGCUUCUGGUAAGAUUUGUAAUGUCAGAAGUGUUUCCACCCUGUACUGUAAAAUUUCUUUGCUGUUACAUAACUGCAUAAAUGUUAUGUUUGGUCUGUUUUCGGUAUCUGUUAUUUGUAUUUCAAGUGUACUGUAGCUAUCUACUAAUAUUUUAUUAUAGAAAUUGUUAUGGUAGUAUUUUAAAUGGUCAUUUAUACAUUUUUAACAUUAAAUACUUUUGUAUGUAUUACCUUUAACAUACCAUAGAUUAAGGAAGCCAUGCUUCUGGGAAAUUUCAAGAAUGUGACGCCUGAAAGGUUUACCAGUUGGAACCUAUGUGACUUCCCCUUCUUGUGAUGGAACAUUAUGCAUUUUUUCACCACAUACCCCAACAUACAUUUGCAUCUUUUUCCAUUUUGAUAUGGUGGCUGCGGAAUCCUGUCACCACCAUAAUUUGUGCUCUAACUAUGCCUUAUUGUGACAUAUCUUGAAAAAGUUUAUCUUUUACACUUGGAGUCUAUCUGUAGCUCCCGUUGACCUGUGACGUUUAGUAGAUUUGCUGUCACACUUGUCUCUGGAGCUUUCAUUCAUGAUAUGUUGAUAUUGAAUGCUAGGUAAGCUGAAAUUCAAUACAAUUCUCUCCUUUUUGUACUCUUAGUAAAGGAAAGCAAAAUAAUACUAUUAGGAGGCAAGCCUAUCAGUUUCCAUAAAGCAAACAAUUUCCGAGAAGCUAUUUGUCCAACAAUUUUUUUUCUUCUUCCUGUGGGAUAGUGCCUAUGUGUUGUGACAUAAUUGAAACCAAGAGUUCACUGAGGUGCAGGCACAUAUCCCAACAAUCUGUUGCAGCAUUCCAGAGUGGUUCUUGAACAAGACAUUGAUAUUGAUUGUGGCCCUAAACGAAAAAAUUAGACGAACCUGGAAGAAGAAAUGCUUGUGCUCCUGACGACUUCCUUUAGCACCAUUGUACCAUUGAUGGCUAAAUUUUAUAUAUUCAAAAAAUCAAGGCUGACAAGCUCUUUAUAAAGAAAAUAUUCCAAAUGAUUGUGCUUCUUCAGUAUAGUCCGAGAUAGUCGUAGAUAGGAUGUUUUUGUUGCUGUAGGUAGUGAGGAAAGAAUGAAGCAUGUGAGAUGUUAACUUUCAAUCUGGUUUUAGUACUCAAUUUUUAUCAGGGUUACCUAUUGCUUCUAAUUGCACCUCAAUUGCUUGUUUAACCCUACCCAGACUGGCUUUUCUAAUGCAAAAACAGGAAAGAAGAUUGAACACGUUUUGUAGAUUUCUAAUGGGCCUUGAAAUGUCUAAAUUCCAGAACUUUGAAGAAAAUUCCCUUCAUAGGAGGUAGAUAAUAGAAAAUAUAUUGGAACUGAGUCAUCUAGCCAAUCUUAUUGGUAUUCAGAUUGAGCAGCAUUGUCACAGCAAAACUACCUCAACUGGCAGUGCUUUUUAUUAUUGGCAUGAAUGUAACAGAAAUAACAAAAACUAAAAUAUAGCAUUUUCUAUUGUUUCUCAAAAACAACUUUUCUGCUUGUAUUUGCAUUUCUACCCCUUUGGCAUGCAUGGUCUAUUAUGUGAUAUGCACUAGUUUUACAAACUGUAUUUUUAUUCUAAAAAAAUUGACUUGACCUAUUUCCAUCUUCUAUUGGGAAAAAAUUGACUUGACCUAUUUCCAUCUUCUAUUUGGGGAAAAAAUUGACUUGACAUAUUUCCAUCUUCUAUUUGGGGAAAUAUGUCAAUUAGUAAAUUACAUUUAUGACAGUGGGAGUUGCACAAGACUUGAGUCACUUUGAAAAUUGUCACCACUCUAAAAGUAAAAGUUCACGAAUAAUUUUUGUGAUUUAAAAUUCCUGGAUUUUGUAAAUAAAAUGAAAUUAUUUUUAUUUUGCUAAUUCAUUUUGAUGCAUUUGAUUCAGAUAUUCUCAAGAUAACCGAGGAUUUACAUUAAUACAGUGACUGCCAAAAUUCAAAGCAAUUUUUGGUAACUAGUUUCCCUUAUUCUUUUCUCUCCCGACUGCCCCCACCCCAUUCCCACCCACCCAUAAAAAAAAGCAAAAAAAUGCUUCUUCCUGUUAUUCAGGUUUCCCUGCAAGCUAGAGGGGUUGACAAGUAGCUUCCCUCUAGGUCUCAUUGUGUCAGAAUGGUCUUGUGAAUGGUCUUCUGAACCAGAAUGGUUCUUCCCUUCCUGCUCCAGGACAUUGAGACUGAGAUUAACAGCUCAGCAGUUAAACACUGGGUACAAUCUUAGAUCUCCAUACCACUCAACGUUCAAGUUCCCUGAAGGCAAGUGACUAGAAACAAAAUGGGAUUGCAUGUUUCUUGUAAUAGCCAUGUUUUUUACCUAUACGGUAUCAAAGAAUAUUGAUAAUGUCAGACUUGGUAAUUUACAAUAGGAAUCAUAAUUGAGCAGUAUAUUUUCUUCCAAAUGUGGAUUCCCACUGCACAAAUACAAGAGUGUGUUAUAUGUCCUUGUUUCAGAGAAAGUUAGAAUGUCUAAUAUUGUAUAAAAUCAUUGAUAUGAAACAUUUAAUGAUGAAAAAUAGAAAAGAGCAUGAGGGGGGAGAGCAGGCAAUUAGGAAUAGAAUAUUACCUCGUUUGAUGAACUUAUUUUUAUUCUAAAAUUCUACCAAGAUUCUAGUUAGUUAGCAUGUGUUAGAAAUGUCUAUCUGAAGAGUUGGCUCAUUCUGUUGAUUAGAUAUACACAUCUCGUAUCUCAAUAAAUAUGUAUAUCAAGGUUGUUAAAUGCAUGUAAGAGCAUUACCAGCUGGGUGCAUAAUAUAACAUUUCUACCAGGAUUCUUUAAUUAAAGAAAUUGGAAUUUCAUCACCUUGAUUAAGGAAUCCUGUUAGAAAUUGCUGCUCAUCUAUUCAGUUAUUAGGUUGUUAGCUGACUAUCAGUCCACCAUUAUUGUACCAUUAAACCAUCAGAGUACAUCUGAGUAGUCAGUGAAGGUGAUACUGUUGGAGUCACUUUGGACUUCACAACUUUGUGUCAUGGCUAUUUAUUAGUCAGUGAAUUGCUACACAGAAAUGUGCAACAGAUGGAAAAAUAGGCCUUUUGUUUCUUUAAUGUCCUGCUUUUCAGAUUUCACAACUCUUCCCUCCAUCACAAGACUCUGUGAGCCUAUCUCCCCCAUCCCCCAGAAUAUAAUAUUCAAGAUCCUAUCCUCACUUUUAAAUCCCUCCACAUUUUUGCCUCUGCAUCUUUCUUAAACUUUUAUCAACCUGACUGCUCUCACCACACUGCAGGCACUGGCCUGUUAAUGUUGGGUUUUCAGCUUAUCUACUCCCACUCUUUGGAACUCCAUUCAGUUCCCUGUACCUCAAGACCUUGUUCUUCGAUUGGUCACCUUCCUCCUGAAUCCACCCCUCAGCUCUGAUGAAAACUUCAACUAGCGCUCAUGUGAAAGGAACAAUGUAAAUGUGUUGUUGAGGGACAUUUUUGUGAGGGAGUGAGAAAGGGGAAGUCACUUGGGUUCUGGUUAAACAGAUCAAGAUACUACUGUGAUUUCUCGGUUGUUUAGCUCACCUUUGUUAUGGUAUGCAAAGGAUAACUUGAUUUCAAGAAUGAGAAAUACUACACCUAAUGGUGAGUAACCUAUCUUUUCAUAUACUACAUUCUGUAAUUUACCAAACUCAUUAAUGAUGCUGGGAGCAGGCUGCUUUUAUGGAAUUUGUACCCAGUUGUUGUAUAAUAUAAUUUAUCAUAUUAUUGUAACAUAUGUUCUGUGUUUUAUUUUCUAUGUAAUGGUUUUGUAGAAAGUCACACAAAUGUUUAUCAUUUCAACAGCAGUAAAGAUCAGGGGGCUCUUGCUUAAAUAAUGAAAUUAAAUAAUUGUUGUUGUUCAAGCUUAUUUUACAGCCAUAAAGAUGUUGAUCUGGGUUUAACACAUUAUUACAAUUUCCCUGCAGGUUCCAAGGGUCUGCCUUGUUCAGUUGGUACUGUCGUACUCUUACUGCUGGGUUAGAAGGUUAUGGAUUUAUUUUAAGACAUAUUCCAGCGCAAUACAAAAAAAAGCAUUAUUAAUGUCUUGUUGGAUGUCAAACUGAGGUUGUCUGCCUUUUCAUGUAAAUGUUGUAAGAUGCCAAGACACCAUUAGAAAAUCAUCUUUGAGACAAUCUGAUAAGGUGUUGGUUGUGCCUUAUGAUGAAUAGUUUUUCUAUUGGCUAUAAUCUGAGGUGGACAACAAAGUACAUCUGAAUAAUUUGGUGGACCAGAUUUAACUAAAUAUGAAUUUAUUACAUACAUUAUUAUUACAUAUAAAACAUUGCUAGUACAUGCAACAUUUUCACCAGACAUGCAAAAUUGGAUCUUAAAUUUGUAGUGUAAUUUAAAAUUAAAGUGCACUGUUUCAAUUAUUAAUCUAAAGUAUAAAAAUGUACUCAAGUCAAAGUUGGUAACAGACAGUUAUGGCUGGGGGGGGGGG